AUGACCGACCAAAAGCCCGCCUUCCAGGCGCUGUCAAGCGAUAAUCGCGGUGCUCUCAUCACCUUGACCUCGGUGUGCCUCCUGAUUGUGGCCAUAAUCUUUGUGCUGGCCAAAUUCAGUUCGGUGAUUUAUUUUAAGCAGCGACGGACAGCAGUCAAUACUCCCAUCUGGGUCGCUUUGAUUAUUGCAAUUGUUCAAGUCGUUGUCUUGCAGAAGGCUGUUGACCAUGGACUGGGAAAGCAUCAGGACCGGCUUAGUGGAGGUGACAUUCAAGCCUGGAACAAGUUCGCUUUUGCUGCUCACAUCCUGCUCAUCGUUGUCUUGUCGCUUUCGAAAAUCUCGACCAUCCUGUUGGUUUGGAAGUUAACGCCGAGCAAGAGCCUCGGUCACAGCUGUGCUGUCACCGUUGGUAUAGUUGUCGGGUGGUUGAUAUUCGCAGUGUUGAGCAUAGCUUUCCAGUGUGAAUUGCCUGAUGUGUGGCUAUACUCCCCCGAGCGAUGCGCUGGAGAGGGAGCCCUGUUGUACCCGAUCGCUGUCUUCAACAUUCUCACAGAGAUUGUAAUUGUUGUCCAGCCGUUUAUUAUGAUGCGGAAUGUCCAGAUGGCCUGGGACAAGCGGGUGAAAAUCUUGUGCUCCUUCUCUUUGCGCCUAAUUGUUGUCGGCCUCGGAAUCGCCCAACUAGCCCUCCUACCUUCAUUCACCCACUCGGCCGAUAUCUCCUGGGAAAUUGUAAUUUGGGAAACAAUGGGGCAGGCAAUGAUGCUCAUAUCCGUCAUAAUCGCCUGCGUCCCAACGCUCUACCACAUCUUCGCCGGCCUGCACUCUGGCCUGACCACAACCCAGAUCCCCGGCGAGAUCGGGCUCGAACUCCCGCAGACCAAGGGCAGCGGGUAUAUUAACCAAUUCUCAUCGGGAGGAAGCCAGUCGCAUUCGCGGUCGAGGAAUAAUAGACGGUCAAUGUUUGAUGGAUGGGGAGAUCAGACCGGGGUUUUCACUGAGGUUUCGUCGGGCCGGGAUCCAAAUCAUAAUGAUGUGGGUGUUAGGCGGUCUAAUUCAAGCGAGGGGACUGAGAGUACGCGGCACUUAACGCAAGAACUCCAACGGAAGGGAGCCGUGCUAAGGACGGUGAAUGUCACGGUAGAGGUUGAGGAGGACUAUCAUCGGGACCGGCUUUGA